GAACCCUCGGUCUCGUGACCCAUUCAUAUAAAUUAUAAAACGUUGUCAUUAGCGGUUUCGCCGAAACCCUAGUUACCACACAAGCUUACAGAGCUAAAAUACAUACACACAGGGAGUAGCAGCUUCAGCUUCUCAGUUUCGGAACGAUGGCUGAUGUGGAUGCAGAGGUAGCGCCAACUGGAGUACCAAAGAAGAGGACGUUCAAGAAGUUCAGUUUCAGAGGCGUGGAUCUCGAUGCACUCUUGGACAUGUCCACCGAUGAACUCGUUAAGCUCUUCACUGCUCGUGCUCGCAGAAGGUUUCAGCGCGGUUUGACCCGCAAGCCUAUGGCGCUCAUCAAGAAGCUGCGUAAGGCGAAACGUGAGGCCCCAGCCGGUGAGAAGCCAGAGCCUGUGAGGACUCACCUCCGCAACAUGAUCAUUGUUCCUGAGAUGAUUGGUAGCAUCAUUGGUGUUUACAAUGGAAAGACUUUCAACCAAGUUGAAAUCAAACCAGAAAUGAUUGGGCACUAUCUAGCUGAGUUCUCAAUCUCAUACAAGCCUGUUAAGCACGGAAGACCCGGUAUUGGUGCUACUCACUCUUCCAGGUUCAUUCCUCUCAAGUGAAGAGAUGUCACAAGGGCCCUAUCCUUUUCUCUCGUGUUGAACUUUUGCUUGUUUUUCGGGAUUUUUUUUAAUAUUUAUUUUCUAGUUGAUAUUGCUUUACUUUUAUGAUAUUAGUGAGCAUAACUAUGGAUUCCAAUUUUGUCUAGUGAUGAACUUCCUGGAUUUUGUUUUCUUUAUUAAA